AUGGUCGGAUCAGUUAGGAGCGUAGGGGCACUGCUUCUGGUCGCCAUCUCAUGGAUAUACAUCACCCAGGCUCUUUCAACAGGAAAUUUGGAACAAGUCCGUGAGACGGCCGAGCAAGCAUUUGUCUACCAACAACCACAGAGUUUGCAAGGUGCAAGAGGACCCCCUGGGCCACAAGGACCAGUCGGAGCUCCAGGUGCCCCAGGCAGAAGAGGCGAUCAUGGAGAUCCCGGCGUUCCUGGACCGCCAGGAAGCAGGGGAGCCCCUGGACCACCCGGACCUGCUGGCAAAGAGGGACCUGAAGGCCGCGAUGGUGAAGCUGGCAUCAUGGGUCUGCCAGGAGCUGCUGGAUACCCUGGCCAAACUGGUGCCCCUGGUCAACAAGGACCUAAAGGACACAGAGGUUUUCCUGGAGCCAGAGGUGCCAAAGGAGAAGUUGGAAAAGACGGAGAGCAGGGUGCAAUGGGAGCUCCAGGAACUGUUGGUGCCCCAGGUAUUUUGGGUCUUCGUGGUUUAGAUGGAGUGCCAGGAAGUGCAGGACCAGCCGGAGGAGUUGGACCAAUGGGAGCACCUGGCUUUCCAGGAUUGAGAGGAGCUAAGGGAGAUGCAGGAUUUCCAGGAGCUGCAGGAUCACCAGGAGUAGCUGGAGCCAGAGGACCAACUGGUGCACCUGGUGCCCCCGGAGAGGCUGGAAGACCAGGAGCUCCAGGAACUGACGGAGUGCCAGGAGAGAGAGGAGAGAGGGGUGAUGCCGGUAGUGCAGGAGCCAGAGGAGCCCCUGGCGCUGUUGGAGCUGCUGGCGCUCCAGGUGCCGCGGGACCAGCUGGGCCCAAAGGAGACACCGGUGCUCCAGGACACCAAGGGUUUGCUGGCGAGGCUGGACCAAGAGGAGCCCCAGGAGCUCAGGGUGAACUUGGUUCACCAGGAAAGCCUGGAGUUGUUGGCAAAAGAGGUCCCAACGGAGGACAAGGACCUGUUGGAGCUCCAGGAGCCGCCGGAACCGCUGGAGCGCCAGGAGAGCCCGGUUUCCCAGGAAACGCAGGACCUUCCGGACCUAUGGGAGCAUCCGGCCCCCGUGGUGAGGACGGUGAUGCUGGAGAUGUCGGACCCAAAGCAUGCAUAUUUUUUCAUAUAAGUAGGACGUUACCUUUAAAAGUGAAUAAAAAUAUGAACAGGGAGAAGCUGGUAUGCCAGGACUUCCAGGACCCCAAGGUCUCAGGGGCGAACAAGGUCUCCCAGGCAAAGAUGGCAGCAAUGGCAGAGAAGGGCCACAGGGUGCUCCCGGUAAAGAAGGCAAGCACGGAGAACGAGGUGUUGCUGGUGCACAGGGAACAGCUGGAGAAACAGGAGCUCAAGGAGAGCCAGGAAGAGCUGUAUGUAUCUACUUUGUUUGCACCACCACCGUCAGUAACAUCAUCUUUAUCAUCACAACUUAAGGGUAGCCCAGGCAAAGCUGGUGCCCCCGGAAGAGCAGGACCCCGCGGACCAGCUGGUGACCGUGGAGCUGAUGGCGAACCUGGAGAGGCUGGAAGGGAAGGCGUUGCUGGUGCUCCUGGAGAGAAGGGACCAAGAGGAGACCGUGGAAAACCAGGAGAGCAAGGAUUACCGGGAGUACCAGGAGCUGACGGAGCUGACGGUCCCGAUGGUCCCCUCGGAGCUCCUGGAUCCGCCGGGCCCGCUGGAAUCACCGGAGAUAAGGGAUUGGAUGGAGACAAGGGCCUGAUGGGGGCCAAGGGAUACAAGGGGCCCUCGGGUGACAGAGGCGACCAGGGACCCGACGGUGAUGCCGGAGAUGCUGGGCCUGAUGGAGGCAGAGGAGAGAAGGGACCAGCUGGAGGACCUGGCCAACAGGGAGCGCCAGGAGCUAAGGGACCCGCCGGAAACAAAGGGGAAAUAGGAGAUGCUGGAGCUCCUGGCCAACGCGGGCGUGCUGGUUUCGUUGGAUCUGAUGGACCCGAAGGAAUCAUGGGCAAACCCGGACCUCCAGGACCAUCAAGCUUCUUUGCUAUUAAAGGAGAACGAGGAGAUCGUGGCAAGCAGGGAGCAAGAGGAAAAUCCGGAAGACAGGGAGACGUUGGACCAGCUGGACCCAGUGGAGCUCUCGGACAAGCUGGUACGCCUGGGAAAGCUGGAAGUGCUGGAGAGAAGGGUGUGCCAGGAGAUGAUGGACCACAGGGACUUUCAGGUCCACAAGGACCACAAGGACAUCGCGGCAAAUCUGGAGAGGAAGGAAAAGCAGGAGCACCCGGUCGCCCCGGGUAUGCUGGAGCUCCAGGACCAGUUGGUGAGGCUGGACCCGCCGGAUUGACCGGUGACGCUGGUGCCCCAGGAAUCAAGGGACCACAAGGACCGUCCGGGCCUGUUGGACCAACUGGUCCCGAUGGAGCCAGGGGUGAUAGUGGAGAGGCAGGAGCAGUCGGAGCCCCAGGAGCUGCGGGACCAGCCGGCGAGAACGGUCACGAUGGUGCCCGAGGAGAUAGAGGAGAGGCUGGUCCAACUGGAGAGGCAGGACCCGAGGGAGCUCCGGGCCCGAAAGGUGAGAAGGGACCGAUGGGACCAGCUGGUGCCCGCGGUGAAUCUGGAGUGGCUGGAUCACCUGGACCAAGAGGAGAGGUGGGACUGCCCGGACCACAGGGAGCAAAGGGAGAGAGAGGAGCAAAAGGAGUGGUAGGAGAGGUGGGCCCAACCGGAAUGCCAGGAGAGCGUGGUGCUGAGGGUGCGCCAGGGAAAGAUGGACGACCAGGAGCCCCCGGUCACCCAGGAGAGAGAGGUGCCCCUGGACCAGUUGGACCUGCUGGAGCUCCAGGCGCUCCGGGACAACAGGGACACCGUGGCGCUCCAGGUGCCGCUGGAUCACAAGGGGAACGUGGAGAUAAGGGAGAAAUGGGACCGAUGGGAUUCACUGGAGCCGCCGGACCAGCCGGACCUGCAGGUGCCCCCGGUGCUCCAGGCAGCAAGGGUGGACGUGGGCAGAAAGGAGCUAAAGGAGAUAGAGGAUGGCCAGGAGUUGCUGGGCACGUCGGAUUUGCCGGACCCGCUGGUGACGUAGGCAUUCCAGGACCACAAGGACCAACCGGACCUGACGGAGCCAGGGGAGAGCCAGGUGCUCGCGGAGCUCCGGGACCAGCUGGACACGAUGGGGCUCAAGGCGCUCCAGGAAGAAUGGGACCUCCAGGACCCGCCGGGCCAGCCGGACCCCCCGGCCAGCCAGCUCAGCCAACCUUGGAUUUCUCAGGACCCGCUGUUAGCAACAAAGGACCAGAUGCCUUCUACAGUGACGAAGGUGUUGUGCCCGCUUCAUUGGAAGAUAUCAAGAACGACGUCAAAUUGAGAGGAAUCAUUGAGACAAUCACAGAAAAAGUAUCAGUUGUUGAUGAAUCAUUAGGAACGCAGGAAUCUCCCGCCAAGACAUGCAGACAUCUUGCAGCUUCCAAACCCACUUUGCCUAGUGGUUACUACUGGGUGGAUCCCAACAGAGGAGAUCCCUCCGAUGCCAUCCAGGUCUACUGCGACAUGCAGACAUCUGAGACCUGCAUCUCAGCCGCUCCUGAGUCUUUUGAGAGGACGAUGUACAUGUCUGGAAGAAGGAAGGACACGUGGUUCAGUGAGAUGAGGAUGGGAUCGACUUUCAGCUACAAGAUCGAGAGGUCGCAACUUUCCCAACUGCAACUUUACAGCACGAAGGCUCAGCAAACCAUCACCUACCACUGCAAAAACGCCAUCGCUUACGAAGAUGCCAGGACUUCCAGCCUGGACAGGGCCCUCAAGUUCCUCACAUCCACUGAACGUGAAAUCACAGCCGACACCAAGAGGAACGGAUACACCGUCAGCUUGGAUGAAUGCAAGGACCGCACACCCAGCUGGGGCAAGACAGUCUUCGAAUUCGUCAGCAGCGAACCUGAACGCCUGCCAAUCGAAGACCUCUCACCCUCCGACAUGGGAAGCCAGAACCAAGCUUUCGGUAUCGAUGUCGGCAGAGUCUGCUUCUCGUAA